AUGACCAGUGUGAAAGACUCCAUCACUAUUGACAGAGGGCUGGCACAGAAUGUUGAAAAGAUCCAUGGAGUUAACCCUGUGUUUUUGAUAGACAAAAUUCUCAGGGAAAAAAUCUUAGAUAGUCUGUUUUGGAAAAAACACUGCUUUCUACUAGAUAUUCUGGAACUGCAAGAUCUUGCAAGUGAAGUGGAGAUUAUUGGCACAUACGACACCAAUCAAAACUCUAGAGCAACCGACUAUAUUUGUCUGUUACUGAAAAUGCUACAGUUACAGCCGAAAGACGAGAUAGUGAUAUACAUGUUGACCCAACCCUAUUUCAAGUAUGUGACAGCUCUGGCAGCGUUGUAUAUUCGGUUGGUUUUCCCUUCUGUGAGAGUUUAUCAGUUGUUAGAGCCGUUAUUGAAUGACUAUAGAAAACUGCGAAUAAGAAAGCACGGCAACGCUGACUUGACCUACGUGGAUCAGCUGGUAGAUGAGUUAUUAACUGAGGAGAAGUUUUGUGGGUUAACACUACCCAGAUUGGUCAACCGAUUGCGACUGGAGGAUGACGGUCUACUAGACCCUAGAGAAAGUGAACUACAGAGCGAGUUAGAAAAUGAGGAAGAUGAUAUUGGGGGUUGA